AUGGGAGAACUGUAUUAUCAAAACAGAGAAAUCAGUCAAAGAGAUGACAUCCAAUGGACAGCAGUUGUGACCAAACCUAUUGACAAGAAAGUGGAUCUCAUCGCAGACAGGGCUCAACCAAUACGAGUGACCGAAGAAUUAACCCCUAAAACUAAGAGACAAAUUAGUCCCGGGGUCUGGGUCUUAGACUUUGAGCAGAUAAUGGUUGGAUGGGUUGGGAUCAAAGUCCCUAAGAAUCAGAAAUCUUUGAGAAUACAGUUAAGACACUCCGAAGCUAUCAAUCCUAACGGCACUCUCUAUACACUCAACUACCGAACCGCCCGUUCCAUUGAUACUUAUGUUAUUGAAGACUCGGGUUCGUCUGGCUUUAUGCUUGAGCCCCACUUUACAUACCAUGGCUUUCGCUACAUAGAGGUGACCGGCUUUCCCGGUGAACCCAAGUUGACUGACUUUGUGGGUCGUGUCGCCCAUACGGACACUCCAUUCACUGGACAUUUUGAAUCAGACAACAAUCUCCUGAACCGUUUGUGGCUAAACGUGUUGUGGAGUCAAAAGGGGAAUAUAUGGUCCAUACCUCACAUCUGCUCCCGGGAUGAGCGCCUGGGCUGGACGGGUGACAACGCAGCCAUCGUUCAUACGGCCAGUUAUAACGCCGACGUUUCGGCCAUUUAUAGCAAAUGGUUGCGGGAUGUGAGGGAAGCCCGUCGUAAUGGCGGCCACUUCUCAAACGUGGCGCCCAGACUGGUGGCUACGGAUGAUGGGGCGCCGGCAUGGGGUGAUGCGGGCGUUAUAGUGCCCUAUCAUAUAUGGCGUAUGUUUGGAGACAAACAGAUACUGGAAGUCAGUUACGAGUCGAUGAAAACGUGGAUUGAAUUCAUACACAAAUCAAAUCCUGAUUAUGUCUGGACCAAGGAUGUUUAUGCAAAUUUUGGUGAUUGGCUGGAAAUCAAUGCCCAGACACCCAAAGAUGUAUUUGAUACGUGCUUUUUUGGUUACGACUCCCUACUUAUGACCCAAAUGGCCGGUGCUCUCAACCGCACGGAUGACAUGAAGCUUUACACUGAAUUGCAUACAAAUAUCUCCAAUGCCUUCACAAAAGCAUUUGUCAACACAACUGACGGCAAAAUCAAAGGCGAUACUCAAGCCGUGUAUGUGUUAGCCCUGGCCUUCGAGCUCUUACCCCAAAACCUGAGACCAUUUGCGGUCAACCAUUUGGUCGACAAUAUUAAGGCCCACGACUACCACUACACCAAUGGGUUUAUCAGUGUGGGUUUUGUGAAUGAGGUUCUGGUAAAGUAUGGGCACCGGGAUGUUGCAUAUCGACUGCUAUUACAAGAUUCAUUUCCCUCGUGGGGGUAUGAAAUAGCACAUAACGCCACCGCAAUGUGGGAGCACUGGGAUACCUGGACUGAGGACAAGGGGUUUAUGGACCCCGGGAUGAACUCAUUCAAUCACUUCAGUCUGGGAUCUAUCGGCAGAUUUAUAUACCAAUACGUGGCCGGUAUUGAUACCGACGACCAAAUGGUGGGAGUCGUAACCAAAAAAGCA